CUAAGUUCUAUUAGAUGCAAGAUGUGGAACAACUGGACAAUUUAAUAACAUUAGAAACAGUUAAUCAACGCAUUUUAGUAAGUGAUUAUAUACAGUUUGAAAAGAUCAGAUACAACGCAUGAUGAACAUUCUGUGAGUUGAACAUGUGUUCCAAAGUACGACGGUAUGAAAUGACCUUACAAUAGGAUAAAGAGUAGUGCGCUCAGAAGAACGAAACAACAUAUAUUCGUUGACCUCAGAAACCUCGCAGAUGAACAGAUCUGUUAAGCGGAGCAACGUCGUAAUAAGUAGAUUUUUUACGUCCAAUUAACGGUUCGAAAAAACACUAUUGUUAUCUUUGAAGAGAAUUGCUGAAGUCAAGAAUAUUGGGAACAAGAAAGUAGCGAAGGACAAGAAUUUUCUCUCAAAGACAAUAUUUUCUCGAGACGCAUCCGACUUCAUUCCGGCAAUUAAUGAUGCCAAGGAUGACUGCAAAGGCAGCAGCGUAUGAUAACAGAUGUAUAAUGCCAGUGAUAUAGCAAAGUACACAUUUAGAGAAAGCUUGGAAAUAGGCUCUUUCAAUAAACCGCUUGAAACUAAAAUGCUUGUGUACUGUUGACCAGCUUCGAUUUAACACUACUGGAAAUGGAUUACUUAUCUGAAACAAAUUUCAAUGAAACUAUUUGUAACACAGGUAUAUGUAAUAACACGUCUAAUUCGUCAGAUGUAUUCUUUAGAAAUGAAAGUAUAUUAGAUAAAUACAGAAACGAGUAUGACACUGCAGUCUCCGUGAUAUUUUAUUUUAACAUGACAGAACGUGUUAUAUCAUUCGGUGGUAUUCUGUUAAACCUUGCAACAAUUAUAAUACUCAUGUCACUUAAGAAAUCACCGAAAACCCAGUUAAAACUUAUAAUGAGCCUGGCCAUAUCUGACAGCUUAAUAGCCCUGUUUCACUUUUUGUUAUCGUUUUUCAAUUUCCCUAACGCAUGGAAAUUUUUCAGAAAUUUGAUAGGCACUACAUGGCCAAAACCAAAUAACCCAAAGACGGUAUUUGCUUUCAUAUACACCACGACACAAUUUGCUGGCCUCGGAACAAUGUUUGCAAUAUCAGUGGAUAUAUUGAUAAAGGUACGAAAACCUCUCCGUUAUAAGACAUUAAUGUCAAAAAGACGAGGAAACAUUAUUGUUACAUGUCUGUGGUUAGUACCAAGCUUCCUGCUAGCAGCCGUUGCACUCCUUUUAUCUCAGUUCGGCAAUUUAGACAUAACAAUAUUAUUUAUUUUUGGCAGUGUGUUUUACUGCUUGUUUUGUCUACUAUUCUUCUUUAUAUUUUUGACAAUCUACACAAUAAUACUGUGUUCAGUCAAGUCUUUUAUGCAUAGACUGCCGUCGAGAUCUAGACAUACUAUUACGAAAACGGCGGUCACAUUUUUUCUUAUAAUUGUUACAUAUUUUAUUUGCAUUUUGCCAAGCAUCUGGAUAUUUCUACUCAUAUUUACAAAUGUAAUUGUUUCGCUUUCGGAUUUAGUCCUAAUCAUGAACAUUAUCAGUUGUGUUUACACUUUGAACACUGUAUUAGACCCAGUAAUUUAUGCUUAUAGAAUUCCAGAAAUAAAUAUUCGAUAUAAAACAUUAUAUAGAAGAAUAUGUCGUUGUGUACGAACUGACACGAAUGGUGUUAACCUGGACUAUAACUGAAUCUUUCAAAUAAUUUUUUAUAAAACACAGCUUAACGAAACAUAAGAUAUACUGUCAACCGAAACAGUUUUGUUACAUCUAUCAUGUAAAUGUUGAUCCAUCAGAGCGUUUGUUUUAAGGAAUAUACAUGUAUAGAAGACAUAACUUAUGACCAGGUAUAAUAUUUGUUCACUUUAAUGGAUAAAUCUGUUUGUAAAGCAUAAUCUUUUACUUCAUUCGGAGAAAUGUGAAUUGAAGUCAGGCGUGUUUUUGUCAGCUUGUAGAAAAUGUAAUACAUUUUGACAUAUUAGUGAUAAAAACAUAAUGAAAAAUUCUUAAAUCCAGGAAAACUCAUAUAGUCCAUUUCGAUUCAUUUUUUUAUUAAUACCGUGAGAAAAAAUGGUUUUAGCUGUUAUUUAAUGUUCAUUUUAUUAUCUUGGUGUCCAGUUUGGAAAGGAAUUCCUUUGAGCAAACCCAUUUUGCUCAUAUUUAUUUUGUUAACAACGUUAGAUCUCGCAUGCAUUCUCGCUGAAAGGGCCACCAUUGUAAAUAUUUUGAAGAAUAGUUUAUUAUGCUAAUAAGUUUGCAUGUAGAUAUAUCUGGGGUUUUUUUUUUUUUUUUUUUUGGUUUUUUUUUUUUUUUGUUGUUGUUUUUUUUCUUUUUUUUUUCUUCUUUUUUUAUUAUAAUCUACGAGAAUAUGAAAUAUGAUGUAAUAGUAUAAGAAUCAUUCACUAGCUGAUUGGGUGGAUUGAAAUAUCAGGCUCAAGGGUAACUAUUAAGGCGGUAACAAGGCUCCGCAAAGUUAUCACAAAAACAAUACGUAAGAGCAAGUUAUUUCAAGCCGAACCUUCUACAAGUGACAGAGUCUUUUCUUUGCAUAAUGUAUUAUUCAAAUAAAGGAUAUGAAAUAAAACGAAUGCUGUUCUUUUGAGCACAAUUUUGCUAUAGUAG